AUGGAAUUCAUUAUUGUGUAACUACUGCUUGUUUCAUCUUUUGGAUGGAUUGUGGAGAUUAAGAAUGAAUGUUCUUGUACAGAUUAUAAACUUUACUCUGAAUGCAUAUCAUCAAUGGGUUGUAUAUGGAAUACAAGUUUGAGUAAAUGUGUUGAUAUUAAAUGUAAUACAUUAAAAUCUUAAACUGAAUGUAUUUCCUAAUCAUAAUAUUGUUCAUUUGAUCUUUCUACAUUCACUUGUGUACCCUUUACUUCAUGUGCAAAUUUAAGUGGAAAUACUGUUUAAUAAUGCUAAACAUAGAAUUAGAUGUGCUCAUGGGUUUCUGGAAAUUCCUGCAUAGAUUAUAAUUGUACAAAUUUCAAUUAAAAUAAUUGCCCAUAUUUUUGUAUAAAUACAGGAUCUGCUUGUGAAAAUUUUUCAUCAUGUGAAAAAUUAAAUUAAACUUAUUGUACCUUAUAUUCUGGAAUGUGCUAUUGGAAUUAAAACUAAUGCUUGAAUUAAGAAUGCUCAAAUUUUAUAACUAGUACAUAGUGUCAAUUUGUAUUGAAAUCAGAGAAUGCUAUCGUACCCUGUUAUUGGAAUUAAAAUUAGUGUAUAAAUCCUCCAGAUGCAAGUGUUUAUAAUUCUAAUCAAUGCUUUAUUUCAACAAUUGGUCAAUAUCAUUGGUCAAGUAAUAAUUCUACAAUGGGAUCAUGUUAAUAAUGUUAAAGUUCCUAAGACUAUUACAAGCCAAUGACAGACUUUCUAUCAAAAGGGUUCAUUCUUAGCAUUAUUAUAAUGGGCAUAUUCAUGAUAAUAUGAUU